GUGGGACUCAUGCACUACCACUUCACUAUUAAGCGCAGCGCAUCUGUACUAGCAAGCCGAACUGAAUUGGGUCUUUUGUUGUCCUGGCCUGUAUCUACAGGUACGUACAUUGCUGUCGCUACAGGCUGCAAGCUUUCAUAAAGUGCCGUUUGUUUGAUCACUGUUUCUACUGGUUCAGAGUAAAAUGGUGGGCUCAAGAUCAAUACUCCUCAUCUCAUCCAUCUUUCUACUUUCAUUAUCCUCUCAUGCUACAGCCACGUCCAUAACAUCAAUGAGGACAAUCUCUGAUGCUCAUAUUACCAAAGUUGUCCUCUCGUGUCCCAUUAAUGAGCCUAACGGUGUCACCCUGUACUAUCGUAGAGUUGGGGCUAACAGAGAGCGUGUGAUAGCUAACACAACUAAAUCUUCUAGCCGUGUCCUGCUGAACUUUGAUUUGACGCCUGACAUUGAGGGCUACUAUUAUUGUGAAGUGGACAAUAUACGAUCCGAUAAUGAAGUGGAACUAGUUGCAUAUCCGACCAUCAAUCCUGAAAUUCGUGCUCGAACAAUUUAUUCCACUCCAACUGGUGAUCAUGCCAUCAUUCACUGUCCUUACAAGCCUGGUGUGCUGCUAGACAACUAUUCAGUCAGCUGGUUCAGAGGUCUUAGUCAGGUCAACACUUUGGCCCCAGCGUUUAGUCGUUACAGUAUUUUGAAUAACUUUUCACUGGUCAUCAACAACACAGUACCUGAUGAUGCUAAAGCAUAUGCUUGCAACAUAGCCGUGAACAUCAGCGGGGAUGUCGUGAAGAAAUAUGGACUAUCAGUGUCAUUAGAAGUUACUGACCCAAUCAGAAUCACCGAGUACAUUACUGACGUAGCUAUUCUACCGGGGCAAGAUGCAGUGUUUACAUGCACAGCAGUAGGUGUACCUCAACCCCGCAUCAAGUGGCUGAUUGGGAGCAAAGAGGUGACAGAGGAUGGUAACGUCAUCAUCUCCUCCACCCUCAACUCCAUCACAGUGCAGAGCAUUCUCAGACGGACAGCAGUAACAGAGACUGAGACAGGACCUGUGUCUUGUGUGGCUUAUCAUUCUUUCAGUGGAGAUCUGUUUUUGGCCACUAGUACAUCCAACCUUGUCAUACUAACUAAUAACUUCCCUGUGACACUAACAUCUGAGACCAACGGCAAUGUCCGCAUUCGAGCCCCCCUGCCCGCUGUCAUCCCUGGAGUGUUCUCACUAAUAGUCAAGUUCAUAUUCAACACUGCCGUCGUUCAACAGAGGGAAAUAAUCCAUCCUUCAUUCAAAAACACAAAUUUUAUUGAUAUUUCAAUACCAGAAGACCAGCUACCGCAGUUUAGGCAAUUUGGGGUCAGUAUUGCUCUCAAGUUUGAUGAUAUUGUGGGGAAACUGACUCCUGAGACUGAGAAAAUAACACUACCCAAUGAGCUUCCUUCUAGCAUUACAGGCAGUGACUGUGAGUGUCCACAGUUUCCUGAAGAUUCGAAAAACUCUCCUGAGAGCACGAUCACUCAGGUCCUUUUGGGCAUUUUUUUGGUGGCGGUUAUAGGCCUGUUCAUAGUAGGGAGUGUUCUACUGGGACUGUGCGUCCACUACAUGCGCAAGAAACAGCCGCUUCGUUCAUUGACUGCUAGCCCUUACUUCCAUGAAAGUGGGAGCGUUAAGGGAGAUACGUUGACCAGGAGUAUAAGUAGAUCCAGCUACAACAGUGACACCAGCAGCAGUAGUGGGCGGAGUAGCAGGAGUCACAACAGUGAGCGGAGCGACAAGUCCAUCCACUCAAGUCGCAGUGGUAGCAGUCGUAGGAGCAGUCGUAGUGGGAACAGUCGUGGGACGUGGAGUCAAGAAGAUUUGGAAAGUGUAAGAGAGGUCUACGCUGAGACUGACUCUCUCAAACACAAGGAGCUGGCUCAAUGGGGUGACGACCAUCAACAGGAACCUCACUCUUCCCCUGUGACUCCAGACCCUAUCAAAAACCCAUACGAGGAGAUUCAAUUUCAACCACCUACCAGCAGGGAGGAGGUGUUCCACACUAGCUUGCCUCACGCCACCAACCCUAUCCAAUUCACCAUCAAGUAUGAAAAAAAGAAUCUGAGACAUAGUGGCUCGUCGUUUGAAGAUUUGGAGCUGGAUAAUAGCCCACAUUUUCAACCUCCUUUCCAAACAAAGUGAACUGAACAAGUAGGAGAAGUUAGCACUCUGCUGUGAUGCAGCCAACUUAAUUGAUACAUCGCUUGUGUUAUAGGAGUAUAAUUGUUUAAUUAUAGUAUAAUAUUAUAAUUAUUAUGUUUGUAUUGCACAACACCCACCCCACAUAUUCUCUUGUCUUGUCUUGUCCACUAUAUAUAUAUAACUACGGUUGUAUAAUAAUUAUUUCUUAUAUCAUGAA